AGCCCGAUUUCUGUCAUCGCCGCGGCUCCCGGCGCGCCUUUUCGGGAAGGGGCUUCACCCUAGAGGGCGUGCGCGCUUUGCUCUCCCGGCGCGGCUCGUCGACUGGGGAAGUACCGGGUAGAGGCUGCGGAGGAAGGACCCGAGCGGGGAGGAAAACCGCGGGAGCUUUCCGGCUCAAGGUCACUCCGGGCGCCAGCGAGUCGGCGCUUGCCGCCCGAGGAAGGCUAGAAGCUUCUCGGCCCCCUGACCCAGAGCCCGCCGAGAAAGGAAGAGGCUGUCUGGUGUAAGGUAGUAGUAGCCACGCUUCUGGUUUCAGCCUCCCAGAGAAAGGAGGGUGGGAGAAACGAACGGAUACGCAAUUGCGCUGCUGCGGUUGGGCUUUUGCAGGCAGGAAUGGCGGCUGGUGCGGAGAAGCUUUUUUUUUUCCCCUUCGGGUCUGCCCUUCAGGGUUUUUACUGAGACCGAGGCCGAUGCCUGCUCCAGGGUCGGCUUAACUCCUUGAUUGCAGCUUCUUGGCGCCGCCGCCGCCGCCGCCAUCCCUUUCCAGCCACAAAAAGAAGAGCCUGUCUGCGCCGGCCUACUGAAGAGUUAGGUAAUUCUGAUCUCCAUAGAAGAAAACAUAUUCUACUUCAGCUUGAAAGAGGAUAAAUAUAAUAAUAAUGUAUUCAGUUCCUCGUUCCCUGCCUGGAAUGGAAGGAGAUAAUGGACAUCCUAGGAAAUUUAUCUCUUUCCUUUUUGUUUUUGGCAUUACAUUGUUAUGUGCUGGAUUUUUGCUAUCAAUGUUUGUUUUACAGACAUGUCCAAGUGGAGCCUUUGGUGACUGUAAGGGAGCUUUCAAAAUCAUUGGGCCUCUGCUUGCAGUUGUUGGAUUAGUUUGUAUAAUUUUGGCACAAUCAAGAGCUAAAGAUUAUCUCAGAGAUGUGCAGUUGCAAGAUGAUCAGGUAUAUGGAUUUGUUUUUUGUCGAGGAAAUUGUCAGUUUGCUCAGUUCCUUGUCUUUGGGUUUUUAUUUUUAACAAGUGGGAUGCUUAUUAGUGUCCUUGGCAUAUGGAUUCCUGGAUGCAGCCCAGGAUGGCGCUAUCAGCAGUUUAACCAUAGCAAUACAUCUGGUAUUGAACUCCAGGACUGUGGAUUUCAUUCUGUUCAAACUAUGGGUCCUUUAAUCGUGCUUAUUGGAUUAUGUUUCUUUGUGAUAGCUCACAUUAAAAAGAAACAAAACUUAAACCUCAUCCAAGAAUCUUCUGUCAGCGAAGAAGAACAACUAAAUUCUGAAUCAUUUCAAGUUACAGUCGGUGAUACUGUAAUGGUUUUUCCACCACCACCACCACCUUAUUUUUCUGAUUGUUCACUACAGACAGUAACUCCUAGCUUGGUAACAAGUGAAUGUAUUUUAAAUGAAAAUCCUCCACCAUACCACAGUAUUUUUAUUAAUUGAGUAUUGAAUUGUGAAUAACAGGCCCGCGGAGAGAAUGAGCUCUGCAGUAUCAGGAAACAGUUUGCCUUCUAAAACUUAAUCAGUUCGCUCUGUUCCUCUGAGUCAUCUCAGAAUUACAAGGCAAAAGAAGCAGCUGUAAAUAAUGAAUGUGUCUUGUCUUCCUCUCCCUUCCAUACUCAGCUAAUCCAUUACCAUCUGCUUAUCACCAACUGUAAGAAAUAUUCAGAGCUGAAGCAGAAAGACAGGGGAAGGAAUAGGUAUAAACAAAGACAAGAAAAGAACUACAGGAAUUCCAGAGAAAAAUAAGCUGAAAGGAGAAUGGAAAAAGCUAAUCCUGCAUUUCCUCAGAACCCAUUAAAGAGAGUAGUAAGUUGCACAUCAGGAAUGUUCAACCUUUUUCAAGUCAGAGUCUUCCUUCAGGCAUACAGAAUAUGUUGGGGGCUUUACAAAGAAACUGGCUGGAACAUGGAUGGAGAAAAUGGGCCUGUCCAGAAACAGGUGGCAACAUUUAUUUCCUACAAGACAAAGGAAAUGUUAAUGAUUUGUUAGCCAUUUCACCUGUAAAAUAGGUUGAUUCCCGACCUGUAAUAUACUUUGAUUGCCAUCCAGCCCAUUCCUACAGGAAAUGUAUAUCUGAUAACGUACACAUCCAUUUUUCUUAUUGUUACUAUGGCAGGGAUAGCAGCAGCAGCAGCAGCAGCUCAAUUUCAUGGAGUCUGCCUGACCUUGCCUAAGAAGUCCAGAAGAUAUGCUGAAGGAUGCUUUGGCAUCCUGAGUUAGAAAGAAGGAACCAGGAAGUGGGCUGGAAGCACUGCCUGAAGUAGAAAGCAGAAUGAGUAAAAAAAAAACAUGGAGAGCACAGUAGUUUUACAGGCUUAUUGGUUGCUUUUAGAAUCCAGCAGUUCAUUGGUGGUGGAAAGGUCAGGGGAGGCAAGUGUAAAGUUGUAUAGAUGUCUUGGAAACUUCAUUUGCUGAGUGAGCAAGCAAGGACCUGCUGAGGGGGGCAAACAAGUGACUUGGAAGUUUCGUGGCCCUAAAGGUCGCCUGACUGCUCACUAAGCAGCCAAGUAAAGGGAAAGAGGUAUUACUCCAUGGAAGGUAAAGAAGAGGGGUGCAAUGGUAACAGUGGAAAGAGGUGCAUUGCUGCUUGAAGAGAUUGACACUCCAUAGGCUUGGCAGCAAUAGAGGAUUAGGAAAUGGGUGAGGGAACAGGUACAUUUUGUGGCUUCUUGGUUUACUGUGCUCUGCUUCAAAGGUUUGGCUCUUUGCAAGGAGAGGGCACAGAAAAAGGACAGCGCAGAAGAAGUGUGAAGCACUUGACGAUCCUUUGACGUGAAGUGUUGACAGCACUGGGAUAUGCUAGUGCCACUGUCAACAUUCAGCAGCAACCCUUGGUGGCUUUGAGAGCCUUACCCAGAGUGGAUGGCGUACUGCCCAUAGACCACAGGCCACACACCUUCGUUUUAGAGGCCCAGCCAUAGAGGUAGCUGUGGCAGAAGCCAAAAUGGAAUGCCUGCAACUGGUCAACUCCUACUUCAAAGAGGUAUUCAAGAAGGGAACCGUCAUAAACACCCCUGCGUGAGAUUUAAAUACCCAGAGAAAAUCACUGACUAUCUGGGCAAGUGUUAGGAGCAACAUAGACUGGAUGAAAUAAUAAUUCUGAAGACUUUAUGUGUCUUUUUCCUCCUCUUCCCCUGCUGUAAAGGCCCAGGAGACCUAAGGUAUUGAAGGUGUCUGGGUAGAUGCUCAUGUUCCAAUACUGUAAGUGUGACAUUUUAAUUUAUUAAAUACCACAAUGCAAAACA